GCGAGGGAGACCGGAGCGAGCGAGAGAGAAGGAGAGCGAGGAGGACGCACGCGGAGCAUUUUGGUGGCUAAGAUUCCAGCAGGAAAAAAGUGAGGCGGGCCAGGGUGAGCGGGAGAAGAUUUUUCCGUUUUUUUCUUUUUUCUUUUUUUUGGAAUCUGCGCUUCGUCUGGGUCCGCGGUCCGUGAAGCUCCGAGUGAAUCGUUCCCGGGGCGCUGACACCCGUCGGUGGAUUGCUCUUUCCCGAGUGCGUGUGGCUCCGAAGCCCGCCUCGCCGCUUCCUUCCAGCCCCCGGCUCUCCGGCCGCUCCCCAAGCCCCUCCUGGGGCGCGCCAGCGGGGAGAUCCGGCCCGCGUGAGUGUGUGGCGGUGAGCCCCGCGCGCCUUCCCCGGACGAGCUCAGGGAUCAGGGCUGCCGGCUGCCGAGGCCGGAGUCCACCUCGCUGCUGGUGUGUGUGUGUGUGAGUGUGUUGGAUUCGGGGGUCGAGGGGGCGUCGAGAGGCAGCCCGGCGCCCUGCUGCCGCCCCACCCCCUCCAGUCAGAGGCGAGCAUCGCAGGACUCUCGGAUCCGCUCCGGUUUCGCUAGCUGCUGGGAUCUCCACCUUGGAUUCGCGACUGCUUAUUUCUGCUCGGCUGUUAUUGUUAUUAUUGUUGCCGCUGUUGUUAUUUUAUUUUAUUUUUCCCCAAGGGAUAAAGCAAAAAAAAAAAAAAAAAACCACCCCAAAACAAACCAAAAACAACUGUGGGAUUUAAUUAACAUGAUCUUGGCAAACGCCUUCUGCCUCUUCUUUUUCUUAGACGAGACCUUCCUCCGCUCUUUGGCCAGCCCUUCCUCCCCGCAGGGCCCGGAGCUACCCCACGGCUGGCGGCCCCCGGUGGACUGCGUUCGGGCCAAUGAGCUGUGCGCCGCUGAAUCCAACUGCAGCUCCCGCUACCGCACGCUGCGGCAGUGCCUGGCCGGCCGGGACCGCAACACCAUGCUUGCCAACAAGGAGUGCCAGGCGGCCCUGGAGGUGUUACAGGAGAGCCCACUCUAUGACUGCCGCUGCAAGAGGGGCAUGAAGAAGGAGCUACAGUGCUUGCAGAUCUACUGGAGCAUUCACCUGGGGCUGACCGAGGGUGAGGAGUUUUACGAGGCCUCACCCUACGAGCCGGUGACCUCCCGUCUCUCGGACAUCUUCAGGCUCGCUUCCAUCUUCUCAGGGACAGGGGCAGACCCAGCGGUCAGCGCCAAGAGCAACCACUGCCUAGACGCAGCCAAGGCCUGCAACCUGAAUGACAACUGCAAGAAGCUGCGUUCGUCCUACAUCUCUAUCUGCAACCGCGAGAUCUCGCCCACCGAACGCUGCAACCGCCGCAAGUGCCACAAGGCCUUGCGCCAGUUCUUCGACCGUGUGCCCAGCGAAUACACCUACCGCAUGCUCUUCUGCUCCUGCCAAGACCAGGCAUGUGCUGAGCGCCGCCGGCAGACCAUCCUGCCCAGCUGCUCCUACGAGGACAAGGAGAAGCCCAACUGCCUGGAGCUGCGCAGCGUGUGCCGCACCGACCACCUGUGUCGGUCUCGGCUGGCCGACUUCCACGCCAACUGUCGCGCCUCCUACCGGACGCUCACCAGCUGCCCCGGGGACAAUUACCAGGCCUGUCUGGGCUCCUACGCAGGCAUGAUCGGUUUUGACAUGACUCCUAACUACGUGGACUCCAGCCCUACGGGCAUCGUGAUAUCCCCCUGGUGCAGCUGUCGUGGCAGUGGCAAUGCGGAGGAGGAGUGCGAGAGGUUCCUGAGCGACUUCACAGAGAACCCGUGCCUCCGAAACGCCAUCCAGGCCUUUGGCAACGGCACAGACGUGAACUUAUCUCCGAAAAGUCCCCCCAUCCUGGCCACUCAGGCCCCUCGGGUGGAGAAGCCGCCUUCUUUGCCAGACGACCUGAGUGACAGCACUGGCCUGGGGACCAGUGUCAUCACCACCUGUACGUCUGUCCAGGAACAGGGCCUGAAAGUCAACAGCUCCAAAGAGUUGAGCAUGUGCUUUACAGAGCUGACGACCAGCAUCAUUCCAGGGAGCAACAAGGUCAUCAAACCAAACUCAGGCCCCAGCCGAGCCCGGCCAUCGACUGCCUGGACCGCCCUCCUGCUCCUGAUACUCAAACUGGCCUUGUAGGCACCCCUCUCUGGGGAACUGUGUGUUGGUCCAGUUUCUGGAAAGUUCCACAGACAAGAACUCCCACUGGACAGGAUGGAAGCACACGCAGACACACACGGGCACCACAUGCACCUUGCAAAAACAACAACAAAAGUUUUUUCCCACCUUGUUUCUCCCAGGUUCUUUCUCUGGAGAAGUUUUUUUUUUUUUUUUUUUCUAAAGCCAAACAUACAAGCAGGGUGGAGAGAAACACCGUCUAUUCGCUCUGGGGAUUUUCUUCUCUGGAUCCUGCUGAAGCGAAAGACCAAGAUGCCCAGAGGCUGUGUGACUGUACCUGCUGCAGGCUGAGGCAGCACAGGCCCGGCUGGGCAUCUGCCCUGGGGAGGGGGCAGAGGGCUGUGGGAGCCCAUGUCUGCCAUCCUCGCCUCCUCUUACCUGCUAGAUAGAGCAGGUGUCCUGUC